UUCAGAGAGAGGGAAAAGCAAAAAAAGGAGGACACUGAGCUCAGCUGUGGAGGAAGUUGAAGAAGGAACAAGGGUUUAAGCACACUUUCUCCUAUUCUUUCACUGGUACGUGAUUUUUCAGCCCGGUUCUAAGCUCUUUUUAUAUUUCUGGGGUUCGAUUUCCUUUCUCCAAUCUGUUAAACCACUUGCCGCUUUGUGAAACCCAUAAAAAACCCUGGUUUUUUUUCCUUCUAUCAAUUUUAGUUUUUGUUUAAGGGUUUAGACUGCGGGCGACGUUUCUUGGUGACUCAAGACUGGAGUAGCUUAAGGGUGAGUUUUACGGUUAAAUUGAAGUGUAAUAAAUGACUUCUCCACCAUCGAAAAACAUAUGGAUUCGGCGGCAACAAUGCCCAUGUGGGGAUUGGAAAUGUUAUGUGACAUAUGAGGGAGACUCUGAAGAGACAUCAUCCAUAACAUCCCAAUUGGUAAAGAACGAUAGUGCAGGCUCAGAAGCUAUGGUUUCCCCUUAUGUUGGAAUGGUAUUUAAGAGUGACGAUGAUGCAUUUGAGUAUUAUGGCAACUUUGCUAGAAAAAAUGGCUUCUCAAUUCGGAAAGAGCGGUCCCGACUUAGCCCUCAAUUGGGUAUUUAUAAGCGUGACUUUGUUUGUUAUCGUUCUGGCUUUGCACCAGUGAAGAAGAAGCCGACAGGAGAACACCACAGGGAUAGGAAGUCAGUUCGGUGUGGAUGUGAUGCAAAAAUGUAUUUGUCCAAGGAGGUAGUUGAUGGGGUUUCUCAAUGGUUUGUUGUGCAAUUCAGUAAUGUCCAUAACCAUGAGCUUUUGGAAGAUGACCAAGUACGCCUUCUUCCUGCAUAUCGUAAAAUUCAUGAGGCGGAUCAAGAGCGGAUACUAUUACUUUCUAAAGCCGGGUUUCCUAUACAUCGCAUAGUGAAGGUGUUGGAGUUGGAAAAGGGGAUUCAAGGUGGACAAUUACCCUUUUUAGAGAGGGACGUUAGAAAUUUUGUCCAAAAUCGUAAGAAGGUUGUUCAAGAAAAUGAUGCUUUGCUCACUGAAAAACGGGAAAACGAUACAUUGGAACUUCUUGAGGCAUGCAAGGGAACAAAAGAAGCAGAUGAAGACUUUGUUUAUGAUUUUACAGUUGAUGAGAAUGAUAAAGUUGAACACAUUGCCUGGUCCUAUGGUGAUUCAGUCCAUGCAUACACUAUGUUUGGUGAUGCAGUUUAUUUUGACACUUCGUAUCAAUCAAUCACGUACGGCGUGCUUUUUGGAGCAUGGCUUGGCAUUGACAACCAUGGAAGGACCAUUUUCUUUGGUUGUGUUCUUUUGCAAGAUGAAACACCUCGUUCUUUCUCGUGGGCUUUACAGACUUUUGUUCGUUUCAUGAGAGGGAGAUGCCCGCAAACAAUUCUAACUGAUCUUGAUCCUGGGCUGAGAGAUGCAAUAAGAAGUGAAUUACCAGGCACUAAACAUGUCGUUUCUAUAUGGAAUAUUCUUCCCAAGGUAUCCAGCUGGUUCUCUGUUUCACUUGGAUCUCGCUGUGCAGAAUUUAAAUCUGAGUUUGAUGUGUUAUGUCGGGUGGAGAGUACAGAGGAUUUCGAGCUUCAAUGGAAUCAAAUGAUUUCAAUGUUUGGGCUUACUACAGAUAAACAUAUUGCUUUACUUUAUUCAUUCCGGGCAUCCUGGGCUCUGUCGUAUAUGAAGGGUUACUUUCUUGCUUGUAUGGCUACGACAGCAUAUUCAAAGUCUGUAGAUGCAUUUUUGAAAGGAGUUUUCAGUGCACAAACAUGUUUGCGUAGCUUUUUUGAGCAGGUUGGUAUUUCUGCCAAUUUUCAAAAUCAGGCACGUCAAGAGAUGCAGUAUAUGCAUAUUAAAACAUGCAUUCCCAUUGAAGAGCAUGUGAGGAGUAUUCUGACGCCUUUUGCCUUCAAUGCUUUGCAGCAUGAACUUGUGCUCGCCAUGCAAUAUGCAGUAUCUGAAAUGUCCAAUGGGUCAUAUCUUGUGCGCCACUUUAAGGAGAUUGAUGGGGAGCGUCUUGUGAUAUGGAUACCAGAAGAGGAACAGAUUCAUUGUUCCUGUAAAGAGUUUGAAUCUUCUGGGUUGUUAUGCAGACAUUCUCUGCGUGUAUUUGUAGUAAAGAACUACUUUCAGCUUCCUGACAAGUACUAUUUAAAUAGAUGGCGGAAAGAAAGCUCUCUUGAUUUUUAUGAUGACCACAUUACUCGAACUAGUGAUGAUGAAUGGUUUCAAGAUUAUCACUGCCUUACUGAAACCCUGUUUACAGAAUCAUCAAUUACAAAGGAGCGUGCCGAUUAUGUUCGCAGGGAAUUGACAACACAACUGACAAGGAUUCUUAAUGAGGUUAGAAAUAUGCCAGAAUGUGAAGGAGUUGCUAUGGAUCUGACAUUUUCCCCUACGGGCUAAUUUGAAGCAGUUGUUCAUGUGUACUGUAUUGGUAUCAAAUGCAACUCCAACAUGCUUUCUGGAAUUUAGAGAAUAGACAGAGUUCAAGAAAAUAUGGUUGGAAGGUUUAGGCAAUGGAGGGACAAAAUGGCUUUGCAUUAUUUCUCUUAUAUUAAGCGGAAAAGUGUAAUGUUUGGAAGAUCCAUUGCUGUUCGGCCAAAUUGCUGUUUAAACUUCCUGAUGUAUGACAUCACAACACACAAAAAGGAAGUGGAGAAAGGAACUUACCUAAGACAGAGACAGGGACCAGUUUGCGUUUCUCAUGAUCACUCUGGAAUGCUUCUAGUUCUAGUUCUAGAUCUCUCCUUUCAAAAUUCCGGAAAGGGAAGGGGCCCCUAUUCUCAAGAGAUUAGAGACACCGUUCGAGGUGUCGGUGAUAUUCCUGAUUAUUGUAAAUCUAAAAAAUCAAGAGUCGGUUUGCGCACUGUACAAAGUAGUAGAUGACAAAAGGCCCAACCAAUUUGUCAUUAAAAGUCGGUUUUCAUUCGCUGUUUUUGCCUGUUGUCUGUUGUCUGUUGUCAAACAAUAUCUCAUUUUCCUAUGCAUUUACUUACUAUUAGUGAUAAUUUUUUGGGGCGUAGAUGGAUGGUCAAGUUAUGGAGGCAUUGAUCUGAUUCUGAAUUCUGAU